AUGAGCUGUGGAAAUGACUUUGUGAAAACUCUUAAGAAAAUUGGAUAUCCAAAAGCUGAUGAGCUUAAUGGAGAAGAUUUUGACUGGCUGUUUGAGUCUUCAGAAGACAGAUCGUUUCUGGAGUGGUUUUGUGGAAAUGUAAAUGAGCAGCAUGUAGUGUCUGAAAAAGAACUGCAAGAUUUUGAUCGUCUCCUCGAGUCUGGUAAGCCCAUUUUGGAAGGAAAUGCACUGGAUGGAGUCCUUAAAACCUUGAAGCCCAUGGAUUCAGAGAACAGUAGCCAAGAACUAAAGAAAUUAGAGGAUGAGCUUCAAACUCUUCAGAAGUUAAAACAACUUCAAAUUCAUCGCCAUAAUAAGCUUCAAAUGAUGAUUUCUGCAAACAGCCAUCUGUUACAAACAUUAAAAAGCAAAGAAGAGGAGGCACAUAAAGAUCUGAAAGAAGGAAUGCAAGUGUUUACUGCAGCAAAUAAUACACUUAAUAAAGAACUGCAGUCUCUUACAGAUGCAGCCAAGAAACUGGCCACUUUCUUUACUGCUUCAGAUUCGGAACAAGGGUCAGGUCCACCUGCAGUGUUUUUUUCCCAACUUUCUUUGGACAAGUAUUUGUCUCAGGAAGAACAAAGCACUGCAGCACUUACCUCGUACAUGAAAAAACACUUCUAUCAAGGUAUGUCUGAAAAAGUUGAAAAUUCACCUGAGGGCAGCUUUCAGCUUGUGGAUAUAAGUGAACAAGUCACUUGUGAUGAGACUGACGAGGUUUGUGAAGAGAGUCAAGAGAUGGCCAGGCUCCAAACGGCGUAUAUUUGUGCUCAGCAUGAGCUGAUUCGGAUGCAAGCUGAAGAGGAGAGCAUGAAUUCGGCUAUAAAACAUGCAGAGAGCAUGCUGCAGUCCCAGGAGAGUGGAAAACCAGAAAACCUGGAUGCCAAAAUAUCUAGUUUAAAUCAUACAAUUUCAACAAUUAAACAAGAAAUAACUCAGAUAACCAAUGAAGAACUGCUUCCCCUUCUGAAAGAGAAUGCACAGCGUUUGAGCAUGCCAGUGCUGAAAGCAUACUUGGAUCACCAGAUUGCUCAGCAGGACUAUUAUGCUUCAAGACAAGACGAAAUAUGCAGGCAUUUAAUAAGACAGAAAGCAUCAUUUGAAUUUAUUGAGCUAGCCUGUGAAAUGGAGUUGAAAAAGCAUAAGGAGAUCUGCAGUCAACUGGAGAAUUUGGUAGAAUCUAUGAAACAGAGCAGUAAUGAGUUGCAGCAGAGACUACAGGCGAUAACUGAGCAAACGCAACAUGCGAAGCCAAAAAACAUUAUUAGUUCAGAGGAUGGAUUAUCUUGCAGGUAA